AUGCCGGCAAGGAUCAAAAUUGUACACCUACUCUAUCGACAAAGUGCCACGCCACACGAACGCCACCAAGCUGCCUGGGGAGGCGUCCUCGGACGCUUGAAUCAGAUCGAGACGCUGCGCAAGGCGAAAGAGGACAGCAACCGCCACUGCAUCAUCCAGGGCUGCGACAAGCUGCAUAGCAUUAAAAUGCACCUGCUCGGCAUCAAGAAGAUUCGCGAGCGUCUAGAACUCGCAGCUCAUCUCAACGUAUGUCUCAAUUGUGCGAAGGCCCAUCAGGGCCUCUGUGCCUUUCCCCCUGAGAAGUCUAAGACAUGCGCAGACGGCAGCAUCCACAUCUCUAUGCUGUGCCCGAUGCGCGUAUUGGACGACGAUGUGCCC